GAGGAGGCUGCAGCGGGGGCUGGCGCCGGAGUCCGGGAUUCGACCCGCCGUGCCGAUCCAGGGCUGGACCAGCGACGGCCCGGGCGCCCCAGGCUCUGCGCGCGCGCCCGCGGCUCAGGGUACCCCAGGCCGAGGCGCCGACAACUCCUGGAGGCCCGUGGGUGGGCGGAGGGAGUCCAGAAGGGCGCGGGCGCCCUGUGCGUGGAGUGGCGGAGGGGGCCGGGACGCCAUGUCCAUGGAGGACCCCUUCUUUGUGGUGAAAGGAGAGGUACAGAAAGCAGUCAACACUGCCCAGGGAUUGUUUCAGAGAUGGACAGAGCUUCUGCAGGACCCCUCUGCAGCAACCAGGGAAGAGAUCGACUGGACCACCAACGAGCUGAGAAACAACCUCCGGAGCAUAGAGUGGGAUCUGGAGGACCUUGACGAGACCAUCAGCAUAGUUGAAGCAAAUCCUAGAAAAUUCAACCUUGAUGCUACCGAGUUGAGUAUAAGAAAAGCCUUCAUUACAAGUACUCGGCAAGUUGUCAGGGACAUGAAGGAUCAGAUGUCAACUUCAUCUGUGCAGGCGUUAGCUGAAAGGAAAAAUAGGCAGGCACUGCUAGGAGACAGUGGCAGCCAGACCUGGAGCACAGGAACCACAGAUCAGUACGGGCGCCUGGAUCGAGAGCUGCACUUAGCCAAUUCCCACUUCAUCGAGGAGCAGCAGGCGCAGCAGCAGUUGAUUGUGGAACAGCAGGAUGAGCAGUUGGAGCUGGUCUCUGGCAGCAUCGGGGUGCUGAAGAACAUGUCCCAGCGCAUUGGAGGGGAGCUGGAGGAACAGGCAGUCAUGUUGGAUGAUUUCUCUCACGAGUUGGAGAGCACUCAGUCUCGGCUAGACAAUGUGAUGAAGAAACUUGCAAAAGUGUCUCACAUGACCAGUGAUCGGCGCCAGUGGUGUGCCAUCGCUGUCCUCUUCGCCAUCCUGCUGGUCGUGCUGAUCCUCUUCUUGGUGCUGUGAUGGUGGCGCCCGUGGCCCAGGUUCCUCCUGCUUGGGAGCCGGGGCAGGGGCAGUGCCCUGGGCACACACUCCUCCCGACUCCACCGCCAGACGCCCCUCCCUUCCGCGCUGGCAGGACUGGCGAGAAGAGGAAGAGGGACUGCACUCCUGUCGGACGACACCCCUGCUGCCCGUCCUGUUUGGGGGCCACUAGCCACUGCUUUGCCUUGCUGGACCCCACUCCCUGAGGAGGGACUGAGUUGCCGGGAAGGGUCGGCAGAGCCCGUUUCGCCCGUCUCUGGCAGCUCCUUCCUUCUGCUGUCCAUCAAAAGAUCCCUGUCGAGGAGGUGGCCUGGGCGGGCUGUUUCUCAUCGCUAGAGCACUUCUCACUCCCCGAGAGCUGGUUGUUGACGAGGACAGAAGGCUCAGAAGCAGUUUGUGACUGCAAAUGCCGUGUUUCAUUUUUCAGGGAUCAGAGCUGAGAUAAAAUUGCUUUUCCAGGUGCUUUUUUUGUGUGGUGGGAAAACUAAUGGAAACAGUGAGACACCCUGAGGCUUGGGGUUGCUAACAGCCUUUGGCUUUAAUGGACAAGAGCAAUUAAAAGGCGCAGCAGGACCUGUUCUGGCGCAGCCCAGGGAAGGGGUGACGGUGUCUCCAGUGGGGGGGCCAGACCUGCUCUUCGCACACUGCUGUCCCGGGGCUUCUUCCCAGAGGUGCAACUUACAUUUUUAGGGGAACCCUUGAAUACAUCAUUGCUGAACAGUGCAGAAACGCACUCAAAUGGAUUAGGAUGCUGGCUUGUCCUCACUGACACUUAUUUUAUUCUGGUGGCACUCUCCAUUGGGGGAUGGGGUUGGAGUGGUUAGUACAUUUAUUACAUUUACGCAGAAACCAUCUUGACCCAAAAAGGCUAUUUCUGGGCCAGAUUUCCCUUACCCUGUGAGUAAUGGCGAGACGGGUAAGUGAACCUGACUCUUUUCUUCCUGAAGAUGUCAGCUUGACUGGAUCAUCCAUUCUAAUAACUGAGCCAAUCCAAAUGUAAUGAUAGAUGCUUUAAUUGAGCUUAAGUAGCUGAAGCUGCUGAGACACUACACUUCAAGCUUCUGAUGGCUUUAAAGGCCUCGAAUGCGCACAUGUAUAUAGGAUAUUUUUUAUAGCUUCCCCGAUGCAUAAGCUGAUGUUCCAGUAACAGCUGGACCCAGAGCUGCAGCUGGGCCCCAGGGGCUGCUGGCCUCUGGGCGCCGCUGCCUUUGCACUUGGAAAGAGCAGUAGCACCCGGGCAGAGUUGAAGCCUGGCCUCCUCCUUUCCUUGUCUUUUUGUGCUUUCCUCGGCACCCUAACUUUUUUCUUACUUUUCUUGUUUUGUGUGUAUUUCUUGUGGAUUGGUUUUGGGGGGGGAGGUUCCCCUUUUUUGUGAUUUUUUGCAACAAGUGCGCUUGCCCAGCUAACUUUUGAAUUGCACUUUUUAAUAAAUAUUUGUAACAAUUUUUAAAGAAGGAUAUUCUAUCUUGUUUAGGAGCAUGGUAGGUAAGGAAAUCUGCCUGUUAAUGAAAGCUAAAAGCAAAUUUAUAAAACUGAAAGGGUGGUUGGCAUCCAUGUUUACACUCAACUCAAAUUUUGAUAUAUAAAUAAGUUAUUUCUUUUUAAAUUAGGAAAAAAAGAGACUGUUACAAAGGGCUUCAAAGGUAGGAUAUCUGGUUAUUUAUGUUUUAAAAGUUUUAAGACUUAUUCAGAUAGUCUUCUAUAAACUUAGACCAGGGAUGGUCCUUAGGUUUGCAUUAAGAAGUCUUGUGUUAAAAAUAAGUGGGACCUUGUUUAAGCACCGUUCUGCUCACUCCUCAUUAUGAGAAGUAGCACCUCAGAGAAUGACAAGGUCCCCUGUUCAAAAGCCUUGCUAUUCUCCUGCUGUCACCAGACCCUGGUCAGUACAGUAAGGCCUGUGUAGAACACGCCUGGUCAUUUAAUGAGUAAGACACUCCCGUUAGUUUAGAGCCAAGCGUGGUGGCCCCGGGCAGCAUGUCGUUCCAUUCUUUUGCAUUGGCAUUUUGAUCUCGCUGUUGGAAGGUGAUUGCCGAACGGUGGCUGAGAUGUGUUGGGGUGAAGCUGAGUAGGGAACGUGGAGAGGGAGAAUCAACUUAAAUACAGGUUCCCCCUGCAGGGCACUCCCACCCCCACCUUAGACUGACCUAGAGCCAGCCUGACCCUGCUGUGCGGGCUGAGAGUCCCCGCAGAACAGCCUUCCUUGGAAGGGCCCCCACACAGACCCCUGCACUGGCAGUGAAGGGCAGAGUGUUCCCUUCACUCUGUCCCAGGGUCGGGAGGCGGGGGAAGGGAGCGAUAGGCACACCCUCACUGCUUGUGAGUGCCUCCUGCUGGCAGCCCGGGCUCUUUCCCUUCAGCCUCCACACGAAGGAGCUCAGAGAGCUCAUAAACAUCUAUGUUUGUGAGAAGAACAUUUACGUGAGCGGUCUGGAGGCCAGGUGGGAAUGGACCACCGAGAGUUGGCCCGAGGGUGAGUCCAGCUGGAAAACCAAAACACCUUCAGUUUCUAGUCCUCUAAUUUGUGUUCCUGUCUUUGUGAGGACUGUGAAAAAUCACAGUGCUACGUUUGCUUUGGACUGUGUGGCAAAUGGAAUUGCAGUGGUGUGUGUGUGUGUGUCUGUGUGUGUGUGUGUGUGUUACAUGAGGAUCUUGCACAACUUCAGAAUUCACACCAGAGCUGAAGGGGGGAAACUUGGUAACUUGCCCAUUAUUCUCUGCUCUUAGCCAGAGUUAAACAGACUGAUGGGUCUGGUAGCCAACAACUUGGCAACUUCCAUGCCUUCUCACCUCGUGAGAUUAAGGGCUGUGAAAAGAAAUCGAGUCUAACUCCAACAGAAAUCUGUCUCUGUUAAGUAUUUUACCUUCUGUAAGUAAAGGUGGUGGAGCCAAGAUUUUUCUUUUGGUAAUUUCCCUGGCUAUAAAGUGAGACCAGAGGGACAUCUAUUGCCUGUUACUUUUUUGAAGAAUUUGGAGCAUAUGAAGAUCAAGAAAUCAAAUGACGACCCUGAGUUGCAUUUCAGCUGUGUGGAUGGUGCACUGCUCAGCUCCACCUGGUACCACAAGGUGAAUUUGUAAGCAAAACAAGUGGCUGUCUGGAAACCACGCGCUAAAACAUGGCAUGUGCAGCCUGUAGUUCUCUUUUUCUCACCGGCAUUUCUUUCCCUCCCAAGUUUUCAAGAAUAUUUUUUUCCCAAAGGAAUGUUCUUUGCCUAGAGAGAAGGUGAACCAAAGGCCUCUCAGAUGUAUCUCCCCCUCCAUUGCCGUGGAGGGGGCACUAAAGAUGGGACCCGAUGAGAGGCCUUGCCAGGCACCUUGCUCCUCCUGGGCCUUCCUUCCCAGUCGGGCAAGUUGAAUCCCCGGAUAGCCUGGUAAGAGGAGGUGGUCUUUUAACGUCCAGUUGCCCUUCAGAAAAUAUGCUUCAAUGGUCUGAUUCUGGUGUGGCCACAUUGGUCAGCUGUUUGUAAACAUGGGCGCCACUGUCACCUGUUUUGUUGGCAAUGCUCACUGGGAACUGCCUCUGGUGUUGGGUCCAAAAAGCAAGAGUGUUAUAGGGAGUAGAGCUGCCCCUCAGCCCCAGGCAGCUCUGAGUGAGCCUUGUGCCUGGUGCUUGGUGACUCAGGCAGAGAAAUGCCAACAGAGCAGACCUGCCUUGUACCCUCUAGAGGGUCAACUCAGAGGGACCCGGGAUCACUGAGUGUGAUCUUGUUGCAGAUGAACAAUAACAGCUCACCCCAGUGUGCAUGGGGGUGCACUGCAUUCUGGACUUGGCCACCGGGCGCCCGCACAGCUUGUGGAACAAGUUACGGCACUUGAGGUGGACUUUGGUGACAGAGGUCAUUGGAUACUGACUUGUGCACAUCACUUCGCUGUAGACUAUGUGAUUUUUUUUCUCCUUUUGAAUACAGAAGCUCUGAAAGUUCCAGUGGCACCGAGGCUAGGUUGUAGUGACCUAGACAUAUUUGGGAGCUCUUUGUAUACUGCGGUCUCUUCACUAAUUCAGCUGUUGGGGAAGUGGUUGGAGAGGAAAAAACUUGUUUUCCCUCUGCCAUAAACUAACAUGUGGUGCUCUUUUCCUCUGGAUGUGACCUUUGUCCAGAGAUGCCCUCCCUGUGGCUGCGUAGAUGUUCACUGUGCUGAGACCGCGUUGUCCUGAACGCCUGCCUGUUGCUUGGGCUUCACGUGAACGUCUCCUGGCCCUGGUUUGCCGACUGUAGCCAGACCUUCCUGAGAACAGUGCAUGGUAUUAGAUUUUCUUUUAAGGUCACGAGCUGUCAGACUCCGAGACAUUGGUUAUUCGGGGGAUGUUAAAAUAAGGCCAGUCAGCUUCCUUGUUUGCUCUCAGGCCCUGCUCCUUGGCCUUGGUGGCAGCUGCAGCCCUGGGGUGGGAUCAAGCCCAGGGCUGUUCGCCCAGCUCCACAGAAUGUAGAUCCCGCUGAGAUGCCGUUUGUGAGUGGGAGGUGUGUCCCCGAGCUGAGGUCCAGCUUGGGAGAGGCCAAUGUCUCUAUCCCCAGCAAACAGUGCGUAUCUUGUCCUCUGGGAUGAGGGGAGGACAGCCAGGACCCCAGAGAAGCUUUUGGAACUGCUUUUAAGCUCCUGCGAUGACUUUGUAACUGGCCAAGAGUGGGCCCAGCUCUCCACGGACAGACUUGAGAGAGUACCCAGGGUGAGGGGGCCGAGAAGCCACUGAGGGGAGGACCAAGGGACCCCAGCUCUAAAUGAUGAAGGGUUCCAAGUUUGUAAGUGGAAAUGGGCUUUUCCUUGGCUUAUUUGUUAUUAGAAAUAAGUAUGAUUUAGAGAUAGGCAAAGCUCAGCAGAAAUCAAUCAUUAUAUAUUAUCCACGCAUAAAUAACCUUGCAGCAUUUUAAUUUUAAGUAACUGGAAGGUGCACACUAAGGGAAUGGGGUCAGGUUAGAACUGCAGACACCUGAGCAGCUUCCCUUGAGAUGGUGAGAAGGGGCCAGAGCCAGAGGCUGGAAGUUUACCCAGCCUUGACCACAGCUAGAUUUGUUUCCUUUAUAUGUGGCCCUCUGAGGUGGUAUGGGACCAGGGUGGCUACAGCAUCACCCAGGAACUUGUUAGAAUGCACAUUCCCAGACCCCUCUCUGACCUGCUGAAUCGGCAAGUCUGGAGGUCAGUACUGUCUUAACAAGCUGUCCAGAGGGUUCCAGUGCAUGCUUGAGUUUGAGAACCACUGCCACAGGAUCUCGGACUUCAGGCUACAGGAAAGCAUCCCUGCAAAAUAAAACAUCUACAGCUUUGAUUGUAAUCCUAAAAUUUAUGACACUGCAAACUUGAAAACUUGAAAAAAUAUACUUGGGUAAAACAAAACAAAAACUCAACUAGCCACCCUUAAGAGUGAUAUUUUUACACCCCGAAGUCUAUCGGUAAUAUUUCUUACUUCUCUUGAGAUCAUGUUACAACUGUAUGAAAAAUACUGUUCAGUAUUAAAGAGAAAUGGAGAGACCUUAAA